AUGGGUGGCCGCCUUGAGGCGAAGUUGCAGCGUGAUUUGCGCCGCCUUGAGUUGAGUAUCGAAGAGCGCGCAGCAUCAGCUGUUGAGGCUGUCGUCGAGGAGAGAGUGGCCGUGCUGGAGGAGCGCGUCGCCAAGGCACAGGCGCCGCAGGGGGUGGGGGAGGCGACGCAGGCACUGGCGCGGGAUGUGCAAGCAUACCGGGCGAAGGUGGAAUCCCUCAGCAGCGCCCUUGCCAAGAUGCAGGAGACCACCGAGCAGAAGCGGGAGGAGUUCGUCCUACUGCGCGACUGGGCCACCUUGCGCAAAGCGGUGUCAGCGCUGGAGUCACAGCUGCGCGAUUGCCAGAGCGACGCCGUAGACCAGCAGCUGCAGCUGCAGCACACGUGCAAGGAUCAUGAUGUGAAGCUGCGACAGCUGGAGGGCGAGCAGCGGCGCCUGCGCCAGACAGUGCAGCAGUUGCAGGGAAACUUCGGUGAACUGUGCGCGGAUGUGCAGAUGGCCCAGCGGCCCGCUCCCGUCGCCGCUGUGAUGGGGCGAUCCCUGCCGACCACAACAGCGGCGGUGGUACAUAGAACGGACCCAGCGCCCUCCGUGGAGUUCCGUGAGGUGCUCUCAUCGGACACACACGCCAAUACCGCGCAGGCGAGCAGCAGCGGCACAACAGCCACACCAACGCCACACACGCACCCGCAGACUUCCAGCACAGACGUGAUGAUAUUAGACGACCGAAACGAGUCGCCCGACGCGCGGCCGCUGCCCCCGUCCCUAGCACGGUUGGAGGGUGUGGGGAGGCACGGCUCGACACCAACAACAGCAACUACGGCAUCGCACCGCCUGAGCUCCUCCUCGUGGGGUAGCACAGCCGGCGUGCAACAGAAGACGGCGUGGGGCGGAGCGGGGAGUAGCAACUCCGACACGUCGCUGCCGUUGCAGAAAGGAAUGAUGACACCGCAACAGCGCCUCAGAGCCACCAUCACCACUACUGCUGCAGCUGCUGCUCAUGAUGAUGCUGGGAAUGAAAAGAAGAAUACACGUGGAGAGGAUGACGUUGAAAACAAAGCAGAUUCUGAUGAUGGGGAAGGCCGGCGGGAUUCACUCAUGCAGCCACCCCAUGAGUCGUCCAGCAGCGCCGGCUCUGCGAUUAGAGUGUCGCGGAAGCAACAUGCGGGCGGCGGCUACGACAGCGUGAGUGAAAGCAACAGCAGCGUUGUUAAGCCUUUUGCUCCACCAGAUGGCCGCGAUGAAAGCGUUAGCGGCGCCUUCACCACGCCGAAGAAGACUCCAGCAGCAGCCGCAGUGGCAACAACAACAACAACAACGACUGAGGAGGUGACACCACCAGUGAAACGAACUGCUGCGUGGUACGACGACUGGGACGAUCCCUCUGACGACGAAACCGCAGCACCGUUGCGGCAGCAGCAGCGGCAGCAGCAGCAGCGAGGGCGGGCGGAGGAUGGUGCCGCUGUUGUGGUUGAGGAUUCCUGGACGGACGCAGCGGGCGCUUUGCACGCGGGUGAGAUAUACGCCACACCACGCAAAGCAUUCGUGUCGGCCGGGGAUGAUGCGGCGGCGACAUCAAAAUGGGAGGAGGAAGUUUCCGUGCCGCGCCACGGCGUUGCGACUUCGUCUGGCUCUUCUUCCGCAGACUCAAAGAAGAGGCAGCAAGCGCAGCACAAGACGCCAAAACGCUUCACAAGCUUUGACGACACCACGUCAGAAGAUGAGGAGACAUAA